UCCGUUCUCCAUGUCAUUUCCUGUGAUAAAAAAUGGUGGUCAAAGCUCGGGGAGGCGACCGAGUCGCUGCAAAAAAUUAACGGGAAAAACUUUAACAUCGAGCGGGCGGCGGCGGAGCCAGCGGCCGGGGGCGGGUCGGUGCUCGGCGGCCGGGCAGCGGCCGGAGAGUCCAGCUUCAAGCCGGGAGAGAGGCUCCGUGUCCCCGCUGUGCUCACGAGGCUGUGAAGACGUGCUGAGUUUCUACCAACAUGGUUCCACCAUGAGCGAGUUGUUGGACCACUGGUUCUGCGAGGAGUGCCAGGACUAUUUCCAGAAGGAGUGUCCGUCCCACGGGCCCCCGCUGUUCGUCCCUGAUACACCUGCGGCGCCAGGGUCGGCCAACAGGGCGGCGCUCACCGUCCCGUCCGGCUUGGAGGUGUUUGCUGAGGGAGACAAGGUUGAUGUUCGCUGCGUGGAUCCAAACAUCCCCAGGGGGGCAUUGUUCGGUCCGUAUGAGGGAGAUCUGGUCUCCAAGGACAAAUCCUCCGGUUUCUUCUCUUGGAUCAUUGUUGAUUCUAACAACGCGUAUCAGUCCAUCGAUGGCAGCGAUGAGACCAAAGCCAACUGGAUGAGGUUCGUCCGAACCUCGUCAGAGGAGAGCGACAGGAACUUGACGGCGUUCCAACACCACAAAAACAUCUACUUCAGAGUGUGUCGGCCUCUGGCGGUGGGAGAGAAACUGCGGGUUUGGUACAGCGACGACUACAUCCAGCGACUCCACUGCGUCUCUCAGGAGAGCAUCGACCGCAACCUGGACACAGAUACUGGGAAGCCGAAAGUCCUUCCCAACAUUCAGAAGGACUUUAAAUCUCCGUGUCUGCAGUCGGCUCUGCAGGGCAGCAAACAACCCAGCGAAGAGCCAGACGACCAGCCUCCUGCCAAGAGGAAGAAGAUCGACCUCAUCUUCAAAGACGUCCUGGAGGCUUCUCUAGAGGACUCCAGCAAGUCCAGGUCCCAGUCUUCCCUCCACAGUGAGUGUAAAACAGCGGUGCUUGGGCCGGGGGCUGAAAGCAGCUUUAACGUUCCUAACCUAAAGGUGGAGGAGAAAGAGGAGGAGAACCAGAGCAGCGAGGAGCCCUCAACCUCCUUCUGCCCCAACUGUGUCAAACUGAAGAGGAGGAUCCUGGAGCUGGAGGAGGAGCUGUCCCGUCUCAGAGGAGAACAGGGGGACGUGGUCGGUGCACCAAUGUCUGAACAGAAUCUGCCCCAGCAUGAUCAGGCCGGACCGCCCCACCCGGAGCAAGGCCCCAUCGAAGACUUUCAAGGGAUGGAGCCUCUGACUCCGACUCAGGUGGUUCUGGAUGAAGAUGACCAGGACGUGGACUCAGCCGAUGAAUCAAUUGCUGCAGAUCUUGUGAUUUCUCCAGAAGAUCCUUCGAAGCUUUCCUCUGGAGGAGGCAGACGGAUUCGCCGCUUCAAGCAGGAGUGGCUGAAAAAGUUCUGGUUUCUUCGCUACUCGCCGACCCUCAACGAGAUGUGGUGCCACGUCUGCCGCCAGUACACCGUCCAGUCAUCUCGAACGUCUGCCUUCAUCAUCGGCUCAAAGCAGUUUAAGAUCCACACCAUCAAGCUGCAUAGCCAAAGCAACCUCCAUAAGAAGUGUCUGCAGCUGUAUAAGCUGCGCAUGCAUCCAGAAAAGACAGAGGAGAUGUGCAAGAACAUGAUGUUGCUGUUCAACGCAGCAUACCACUUGGCCCUGGAGGGAAGGCCCUUCUCUGACCUCCGUCCACUGGCAGAGCUUCUGAAGAGGUGUGAACUCAAAGUGGUGGACCAGUACAUGAAUGAAGGAGACGGUCAGAUCCUCAUCCACCACAUUGCCCGGGCUUUAAAAGAAGAUCUGGCUGAGAAGAUGCGCCUUUCUCCCUUCCUAAGUGUCAUAAUGGACGCCCAAAAUGAUGACCUUUUCUCAGACAUGGUGGCGGUCUAUGUCCAGUUUAUUACCAAUGAGGGCUCUCCGAACACAGAGUUCCUGUCAUUGCAGAGACUGAGCAUGGCCAGUGUGGAUGGAUACCUCCAGGCUAUGGAUCGUGCCUUUGGUGUCCUAGGCCUCAGGUUUCAGGACUUGCUGGUGGUGGGUCUUGGGGUAGAUGGCACCAACAUGUCUUCAGGAAUGAGAGCCAACCUGUACAUAGCUGUACAAAAGACUUUCCCUUGGAUCCUCUGCCUUCCUAUUAUGAUCCAUCGGCCCCAUCUGGAGGUGCUGGAUGGCAUCAGUGGGAAGGAGCUCUCCUGCCUGGAGGAUCUGGAGAACAACCUUAAGCAGCUACUCAGUUUCUACCGCUAUUCGCCUCGCAUGAUGGCCGAACUGCGAUCCACUGCUCCAACACUGUCAGAGGAGACAGAGUUCCUGGGAGACAUUAGAGCAAUUAGAUGGAUCAUAGGAGAACCAAAUGUCCUUAACGCGCUAAUCAAAGAUUACCUGGAGGUAGUUGCCCAUCUUAAGGAGAUCAGCAGCCAGACGCAGAGGGCUGACGCUGCAGCCAUCGCACUUACCCUCCUCCAGUUCCUUAUGGACUAUCAGUCAGUGAAGCUCAUCUACUUCCUUCUGGACAUCAUAGCCGUUCUCUCACGAUUAGCCUUCACUUUUCAGGGAGAGUACCUGCUGGUGUCACAAGUGGAAGCCAAGAUAGAGGAGGCCAUUCUGGAGAUUGGCCAGUUGGUGGACUGUCCCGGAGAGUAUCUGCAGGAGUUUGAGGAAAAUUUUCGUGAAAGUUUCAACGGUGUUGCUCUGAAGAACCUCCGUGUGGCGGAGUCCAAGUUCCAGUCCAUCCGAGAAAAGAUCUGCAACAGGAGCCAGGGCAUCCUGUCUCAGAGGCUGGACCUGCAGAGUCGUUCAUUUGCCAAAGCCUGCAAAGUCCUGGACCUGUCCACCUGGCCCCACAACCGGGAGGACCUACAAGCUUAUGGGGAGGAAGAAAUCCAGAUGAUUUUCAAUCACUUGGAGUCCAUUCCGUCUGUGGGUCAGGAAGGCUCCCAUGCCAGGACAGAAGCCAGGGGCAGCCUUGUGGUUGAAUGGAAGGACCUGAAAGAGGACUAUUGCAGUAUGAAUGGUUUUAAAGAGGUCAUUGGUCACAUCUGUAGGUACAAGCAGCGUUUUCCUCUGCUGAAUCGGAUUGUGCAGGUUGUCAGGGUCCAGCCCAGUUCCACAACCUGCUGCGAUAAAGGCAGAGUAUCUCUACAGAAAAUGUGUAAGAACAAUCGUUCCCGGCUGACUCUGGAGCAGAUGAAUGACCUGCUGACUGUGGCAGUUAAUGGACCGCCCAUCUCUAACUUUGAUGGGAAGCGAGCGUUGGACAGCUGGUUUGAGGAGAAGUCUGGCAGCAGUUACUCUCUGUCAGCUGAGGUGUUGAACAGGAUGUCAGAUCAAAAGUCUGUCUUGCACAGCGUUGACGUCAAUACAGAGUUCUACCCUGACAUCUAACAGGCAAACCCAGUGGUGUAGUACUAAUGUAAUAAUAUUACAACACCAGGCCACAAUAACAAAAAGAGUCAGCAGUGCUCCUCAACACCAGUGAUUCCCAGCCAGGAGUUCUUGUACACCAGGAGCAACUGCAGUUACCUGAGGGUACAUGAAAAGAUUGUAAAGCUCAGCUAAUUUGAAACAUAGUAAUUAUGACUGAAUCUUUAGUAUAGUUAUAGUAACAAUAACUGAGAGGGACCUGGAUGCAGACAUUGGUGGACCUCCAGAAGAGCAUGCGUAAACGGUACCUCCGUUACCUCAGUUUAGCAGUCGUGACAGCAGACAUACUGACCACUGUACCCGGACUGGGAGACCUGAGCACUGGGGCAGUGUCGGUGUUGCUAGCAAAGUAGCUUUAGCUGCAGAGCUAACUCAGCUUACAGCAGCUAAAGUUAGCAGUAGUUAGCGUUUAGUGUUACUUUAGCAAUAAGUAAAGCUAUCUGACCAUCAGGAAACUCCAUAUAGAGUUGAGGCAGAGCAGCCAGAGGACAUAAGAGGAAUAUUUUCUGCAUAAAAUACGAUCCAAUUUCACCAAAUUUAGUAAAUUAAGUUGUUGUGUUUUGGUUUACACUAAGGUAACAGAGAUUGCACAUGCUCUUGCAGAGGUGGAAGUCAACAGUUUUUUUCUGCAGCUAUGUACUCUUGGUAGCCUGACUGCACAAGACACACCUCAGUUUUCCACCAACCUGAGUCAUUGUACCUUUAUUAAGACUGCUUAGAAAAAAAGACAACAGAAAGCUAAAAGUAUAGAUGCUCUAAAUUGUUGAAAUAUCCAGUUUCUGUGAUUCUAAAUGGCACUACGACAGGCAAACUUUACAAAAUAAAAGAAACAGACCAAGCAUAAAGAUAAACACUGACUGUAUGUGUUGGUUCACACACAGCAGUGAUUUCUUUACAGUGACACUAUUGAACAAAACCAUGAAGGUUGAUAACCCAUCUCAUAGGACUGUAGGGAUAACCGCUGUUCUACACCACUGGGCGAACCUCUUUCCUCAAUAUCUUCAGCUGGAUGGAUGGAUUACAAACAGGCCUUAGGCUGGGCUUCACUCGCAAAUGUCACUAAAAGAGACACAAAACAGCAAAAGAAAUUUAAAAAUAAAUGCAAAGCGAUUCAAAACAGCUGCAGAGAGACACAAAAUGACUACAAAGAGACACAAAACAACAACAAAGAGAUACAAAACGACCAAGUGACUCAAAACAACAACGGACAACAAAACAAACAACAAAAGAACAAAAUGGGCACAAAGAGACACCAAAUGAGUACAAACAGACAGACAACCAUAGAGACAUAAAAAAGAUACAAAGAGACGCAAACCAACCACCAACUGCAAACUACUAAGCAGCUGUGUGGUGGUUAUGUGUGUGUCCCAGGGACCCACUGUCUCAUAAUCCGUCCAUGUUCAGCUGGAUAUUGUGCUGAAAUCUUCCUCCUCUGGCUGACUGACGUCUUUCACUGAUGAGCAUUGUCCAACGGAGUGCUACUGAGUGGCCCCACACUUGUUAUACAUAAUAAUAAAGCACUUGUUGCCAGAAUAAAAGUCAGUUAUUCGCUGGGAACAAUCAAUUAGUGUCAAACUAAAUGUCUGUGCUAUGAGCCGCUCUCUGCUUCUUCAGCUUAUUUGCCAAUGGGAUAUUCAGUCAUGUAGUGCCUGGAAUAAAUAAGCUUGAGUGUGAGGAUGUAUAAAGGCUUUAUAUUUCUAUUAGAAACGCAGACGACCCUGCUCCACACUGUAUAUAGUGUAUAAACUGUAUAUGUUGUAAAUGCUUUUAAGCCUGUUUUUAAGGAGAGUAUUUUUCUCUUGAAUUUGAUGAUUGUGCCAUAAUGAUCGACUGCAAGAACCGAAAGAAAAAGGUGCUAUCCUGCUAUGCCAUACUGUAUUUGGCCAUAUUUGUUUAGAUGUUUACUGCUGCAAAUGAUAUAUCUGAAAUAUGUUAUUUUUCACUGACGCAUCAGCUUCAUGUUUGGGUGUUUGUAGCAGAGUAACUUCAGUCUUGGCCAAAGCUCAGGCUUAAAAUAAGUCAAAUAAGGUUCAAAAACUGCAUGAUGAUAGUUUUUACUGCACAUUUAAGUCGUAUUUUAUCAUUAUUAUUAUUAUUAGUAGUAAAAUGUUUAAGGCUGAAAUAAAUAUAAAAUGGUGGGGAUGCAAUGAGCUGAGACAGGAUGACCUCAGCAGGCAGAUGGUCACUUUUGCUGGUUUACUUUCUUUUUUUAACACAUUUUUUGGGAAAAUGUGUUUUGUCUUAAGUUAAAGGAACAGUUUGACAUUUUGGGAAAUAUGCAAAUAUUUCCUUUUCCCAAUCUUAUGCCUGUAAUUAAUGUGCAUUAUGUCAUAUUAUUAUAGCAUUAUAUAGUAUUUAUAAUAUACAAAUAAUAUCAUAUCAUAUAUAUAUUAUACAUUAUGUUUCUGAAAAACUGUUAACGUCAGGAACCGUUUUUGACAGCAACAAUAAAAUAAACUUUGGAGUUCAAAUUGAACGCAUCAUUUUUUUAUAUCUGGUUUCGCUUCCAAUAGCUAACAAAGCAAAAGAAGCUAAUUUAGGCUGUUUAAAUAUUGCGACUAAAAGAAUACCAAUGGGGUUAGCCAUCUUGGAAUAAGUCGGAAAAACAGGAAUUUCCCUGCCCCUCCCAUUCUGAUGACAUAGAGCAGGGAGGUGAAUAGCUUAGCUUAGCAUAAAGACUGAAAGCAGGGAGAAUCAGCUAGCCUGGCUCUGCCCAAAGCUAAAAAAUAUGCCACCCAACAUCUCUAAAUAUCUGUAGUGUGUUGAUUUAUCUUUAUGCUAAGCUAAGCUAAUCUCCUCCUUCACAAGAAAGUGAAUAUUGUCCUCAAAUGUCAAACUGUCUCUUAAUGUUUGCUGUAUGAUUAGCUCCUCUCAUUUCACCCAGAGAUGAACCCUUUGUUUUUACAUAUUGUGCAUGUCUGUAUCGUAUGCAUGUCGUUAUUAUUACUGUAUAAAACUGAUUUUAAGAGCCUAAUGUUUGUAUGCAGGAUGAGACAAAAGACUGAAGUUUGAUCAUUUCAAUCCAAAAGCAUUUGACUUAUGAAUGCCAAUACUUUGUGCUAGCCGUAUGGUGUAGGUGUUAUACCGGCUGGUCAUCUUUAUACCGACGUUUGGCUGAUUGUAAUCUGACUCCAGAGCUGAUCGGAGUCGACUUUACGUUGUUGGAUGUUUGCUGAACUGUGAGAUUUUUCACUGCUGGAGUUGAAUUUUGGUUUCAGACGAACCAGAACGAACAUUUGUGGUGACUUUAUUUCUCUGUAAACUGUUUUUAUUUCUGUUUCAAAAGCUUUAAAAAUACACUUUAAAAGACA